AAAUAAUGAUAAUAAAUGAAUAAUAUUAAUAAUAAUAAGAAGAAGAAUAAAAAUAAAGACAAAUUCUGAUGAUGCACCAUUAAACAUAAAAGUCAUUAAAAAAACAUGGAAGUCCCUAUUUACGGGCAGAAAAAUGAACUUUACGUGUGUCAUGGAAAACUAAGUCUGUUUCAGCAGUGAAAAGUAUUUCAGAAAUUUUCUAAGUUUGAAUGAAAUUACGGCCAGAAUCAGUUUCCAACCGUAAUUUUGUAAUAUUUUCAAUAUUAUCCGUCCGUAAAUGAAUGAAGUUCCAGUCCAGGUACAUCACUUUCCUGCCCACAAAUAAAUUACUGCCAGAUUACGAGCGUAAAUAUAAUAUUCCUGCAACUUUCCUGCCAAAUUCUGGCCGGAUUCCUGCUGAAAAUUUCGUACGGGUACAGAGCUAGGGUCGCUUACAUGCAAACUAUCAAAGCUAUCACUUUCAAACUUUGGAAUACCAGUUCACUAUAAAAUUUACAAUAAGAAAUAAAUAAACCGUAAAAGGACAAGCGUUCAGCACACCCACAGACGAUGCUCUUGUUUCUUUUUAUGAUGCCACAUCACCAUGGAGGUUUAUUUUCACUUUUAUAAUAAAAGAAAGCGUAACAAGAAUCUUUUUGUAGAUAUGUGGACUAUAUCGAACUUGUGAAAGGCAUGUUCAGGCUUGAGAGAGCAUUAUAUUAAAAGUUAUAUUUUCAUUAUGUCCCUUGAAUCUUGCGUAUAAUUUGUAUUGUAUUUGCAUUUUAAAGACAUUGGCUUCAACAGACCAUAACUAAAUGAAGGCAUUACCGGAGGUCUUCAACCUUAAGUUCCCCCAGCCCCACCCCAAUUUAAAAAAGAGGACAUGAACUUCCAGAACCCAACCUAGAAAGAACAUCAGCAUUUGAGUGUUGUUUUUCCGAACGAUACUUAACAAUCAUUGUGUUCCGACUUAACUCUUCCAUCCUUCCGGACAGCUGCACAUGUGGUUCCUUAAACGGCAUCAUCCAUGACAAACUAAGUGAUCUUUGUGGACAACAAACGGCCUGUCCACUCAAUAAUGCCUGAACUGUCGAGCCAAUCUCACAACCGCUAACAACUCUUUGCGUGUGGUAUAAUACACUUUUUGUUCUAGGGUGAAGACGAAUCAAGCGUUCACAAUCACCUCUCACCCCGUGUGCACCUGAAACAGAAUCCGAUCUACCGCUGAAUCAGAGGCGUCAGUAUCCAGUACAAACUAACCGCGUUCUUCGGUGAGUGACAACAACGGUGCCGUAACCAACGUCUCUUUCAGUGCUUCAAAGGCCUCCCUGGCAUCCCUAGCUUCAGGGAACCACAUGAAAGGAUUCUUUCCUGUACGACAGUAAAGUGGCGUGGCGAAAGAUGCAAAGUUCCUUUAAAGGACCCUAUGAUAAAUGGCCAACCCAAGGAUUCAUUGCACAUCCCAAGUAGAACCCGGGAUGGGCCAUUUCCUGACCGCUUGGAUGUCAAUGUCCGAUAGUUCGAUCGAAUCAAUACCGCUCACUACCCUUCCCAGAAGCCCAACCCUCUUCUGGAAGAAUUCACAUUUUUGAGGCUUUACCUUAAGCUCAUGCAUGCUUAACCGCUCCAAAGUCGCUCUGAGGUUCCUGAUAUGCUCGUUAAAGUUAUACCCCAUAACUAAGAUGUCAUCAAAGAAAGCCAAAGCAAUCUUCCAGUUCAAACCCCUUAAAACUAGGUUGAAAGCCUAGGCAAACGUACUAGGAGCCCCCGUCAGACCAAACCCAUGUUCUCUUAAGCACACACCGUGUUGGAUGAUUAACGCUGUUUUGGGCCUAUCCUUUUUGGAGAUUUACAUGCUAGUAAGCACUGUAAGCACCCAAUUAAGAAAACCGUAUUUGGUUAACACAGCGUAUCAAGACAAUCGUACACUCUUAUAAACAUCAUUGACUGUAACCGAAGUAAGAGCCCGAUAAUCCAGCGUCCAUAUUACAAAACCUCAAGGGAUUUACUAUAUAACUUUUCAUGUAGAAAUCCCCCCACCGCAUUCAGGAGACAUACAUGUUUAACGUACACCGGGCGCUUUCUCAUUCUCCUGUAGAGAGUCGGCUAAAAUGAUGUUCACCUCUGUCGCCGUAUCGACAAUAGCAGAAACUUCAAAAAUACCUAACUUGACCUCAAUUAUGCUAAGGUAAUUUGACCUGACCCUCAGCACAAUUGGCUCCGACUCCUCUAAAUUGAGAUCAGCGCUCCUUUACACCUUUACAUUACCCACUAAAGACUCCAUCAGCUAUGGGACCGUGUUUUUUCAGGAAUGGGCACAUCCGCAUUCCGACCUAUUCUUUUGCAAUUAAGAACAUCGCGACUACAUCAUUUAGGAGCCCCCUUGCACAGUCUCACCCUCAGAAUAAUCUCGUGUGACCAGGCGUACCUUAGGAGAAUUCUCAGAGCUUGAACCGUGGUUUAGGGUUUUUACCACCUCAUACAAAACAUCUAUCCCCCCCCUCCAAGGCGAAGGUCUCCGGCUAAAGAAAUCCUGCACGUGGUACCCUAUCAUCUAGCCGACUAAAAGGAGGAGCAUUGUUUCCUGCCCUAUCGAAUAAUUUUGACAGCAAAUCGCAAAAACGAUACAGGCUAUACGCUUCACCUGCCCUCGUCUAUUAUCUUAAGCUUUCUCGGCCUAGAUUGAGGAUGGUCCCUGUCUUCUGAAGUGGAUAUCAACCUAGCUACUGGGGCGGUAUCAUACUUAAUUAUACGAGGAGGCUGGAGACGCCUAGUACCAACACCCAUUCCCCCUGGCUCAUUAGACUUAAUAUGUUGAUACAACUUCGCGACAUCAACUGAGGCCCUUAUUAUUCUGGACCGCUGAAGUACAUCAUAUCUACACCAGAGAGUGAAAGAACUGUGGGCCCCUAGCACCUACUUUUGAAAGAUUUUCCCUGACCCCAGAGGUACAUUUGGACCCUCUCAAACCAUAGGAACCUCAUGCCUAUUAUCAAAAUAUGCAUCUCGAGUAUGUCCACAGAUACCAAGGAACAACCUCACAUAUUAUUCAGUAAAAUUUCAUGUCGGUCCCUGGCUUGCAAAAAAAGCCUCUGCUUUCACUUCGGAGGCUUUAAAUAGGCUCGGAACACCCCGAUGUACAUAAGUUAAAAUUCGAUUUGCGAGACAACGGUUUUAAUAAAAAACAUUCAGUAACGAUGGAAACAAACAAAGAUAUUAAUAAUGAAACAUGAGAAUAUCUAAACAGUCACCCGAAUAUUUUGACCGGAAGCUCAAUUUGUAAACAUCCGGUAAAUCGAGAAUAGUGCGGGAAGUCUCCCACGCUUCUAUUUGGCCAAGAAAAACAAUAAUCAAAAGCAAAUAUAAAUACUAUUUUUUUCAAUACGCCCCCCUCUUUUACAUUAAAUGAGUAUUACACCUGAGAAAGCCAAACUUUUCAUCCAUGAUGACUGAGCUUAUUGUUUAUGAUAAGAUUUUUGGUCGGGUACGUUCUUCGUGCAGUCCGGCGCGGGUUUUUCACUAGCCAAUUAGGACUCAGCUUGUAACACCGUCACACCACAAGAUCACGUAACACUGAUCGCUACUCAAUUUGACACUGACCUAAGUGUUGGAUUAAAGGCGUGACAAAUGGCUUCAAAGGAAAGCGUAGUUACUACCAAGCAGAAACAGGAUGUCCAGAAGCCAACUCCCAUGGACUUGGGAUAAGUACGAUGAAACCGAAGUAUCCCCAGUAUGCGCUUCCAUCAAAGAGACAAGAAUCCUUCACUGAGGCGUCCAUCCCCUGGCCACAAGAUGCCCCCGUAGGCGUUGAGAAACUAGUUGAGGCAGGGCUCGUAUACACGGGCGUGGGAGACAACGUUCGUUGUUAUCAUUGCGGAGGGGGACUCCGAAGCUGGAAAGAUGGAGAUGACCCAAUGGAAGAACACGCCAAAUGGUACCCGACCUGCCAACAUGUGCUCAUUGUCAAGGGGAAGACAUACAUCAGGAAAGUGGAAGCCGGUAAAAAACCGAAAGCUGAUAGUGUUGAUGAAAGGAUGGCUUCAAAGGAAAGCGUAGUUACUACCAAGCAGAAACAGGAUGUCCAGAAGCCAACUCCCAUGGGGCUUGGGAUAAGUACGAUGAAACCGAAGUAUCCCCAGUAUGCGCUUCCAUCAAAGAGACAAGAAUCUUUUACUGAGGCGUCCAUCCCCUGGCCACAAGAUGCCCCCGUAGGCGUUGAGAAACUAGUUGAGGCAGGACUCAUGUACACGGGUGAGGGAGACAGCGUUCGUUGUUAUCAUUGCGGAGGGGGACUCCGAAACUGGGAAGAGGGAGAUGACCCAAUGGAAGAACACGCCAAGUUGUACCCGACCUGCCAACAUGUUCUCAUUACCAAGUCUAAAAGGUACAUCAGGAAGGUGGAAGCUGGUGGUGUUGUUGAAAGGAAAAAGCUUGAGAUAAAAAAAGAAGAUCCAUUGACUGUUGUGUUUCAAACUCUUGCAGAGUUUGAAUAUUCUGUAGGAGAUGCAAGAAUUGCGCUCAACAUCUUCAAGAACAGAUAUGGUCAGAAUGCUUCAUUAAAAGCUGUAGAUCUUGUGAAAAUUUUGGACAACAUUGAAGGCGAUCCAAAUAUAAUGAAUGGAUACAAUGAUACCACUGAAAGCAUGGGGCAAUCCGCUACUCAAAAUGCAGGUAUCGGUAAAGCCGAAGAGAACAAGAAACUGAAGAGGACUAUGAUGUGCCAUCUCUGCAAGAACAAGAUGGCAAACAAUGUUUUCCUGCCCUGCGGUCAUCUUCUUGUCUGCGAGGGCUGUGUACCCUUGCGGGUGAAGAUUUGCUUUAUGUGCAAAACACCUUUGGAGGGAAUGACCCACGCUCUGAGGUCUUAGACAAAUAUUGGUUAACGUUUGCUGGUACCCUAUUGUGUUCACUUUGUUGGUCCAACCGACCAUCUGUCCUUAAUAUUUAUGUUUGUUUGUGAAUAAGUUAUCCAUCGUCCAAGAUAUCAAAGUGAUAAUUUCUUAUCUUCAUCAAAUUAACAAUGUGCUCUACUUUGACAAGUAAUGUAACUAAUGCUCAAAUAUUGUCAGAUUUAAUGCCCUUUGUAUACUUAGAGAUGGUGCUUUUUUACUUGUUUAAACCGUUAUAAGAUAUUAAAUAAAAACUUUUUUUAUUUGUUAACAGAUAUGUUAAGUUUUUA